AUGAAAGAUUUAUUUAUUAUUUUCCAAGUCGUUUCCGCCUGUUCAAACCCUCCGGCUCCAACUGGCGGCAACAGAUGUUCCUCGGUAAAAUGGUACUGUGGAGACGGAGGUCACAUUUACAUCCCGAGAUUCGAACUAGACGGUCGAUGUUUGUUCUCAGAUGGAUCAUGGACGAGUGACUUCUUCACCAGUGAUGAUUUGCAAGAUUAUGUCCUGAGAGAGUGCGGAACACCGCCAGCAUGUUCCGCCCAUGGCGAUUGGCAGCCGAAGGGUUGGUGGGAGCGUUGGUGUUCUGGUCCCAUCAUCGACGACUUAGAAGCCGCUUGUCUGUCACAUGAUCAGUGUUACAGUUAUAGGGGGCUUCCGUGGAACCGAAGUAAAUAUAGAUGCGACGAUGAUCAGCAUAAAAACGGCCUUUCGAUUUGCAAUAAUCUUAAAGGCGUCGCUGAUUCUUGGUUUUGGAAAGAGCCAUGCAUUCACUCCGUGCACGCGAAGCUGUGGUUUCACGAUGAUCUACAAAUUGGUUCCUUACCUUUUUGGGUAUCUGCGCAAAUUGAUGGCUGUGGUUUUGGGUUCUAA